ACCGCAUUCUACGUCCUACGUCCUACGUCAUCACGUUGACCCUGAAGCGGAAGUAGACACGUGGGGUUGAAGCGAGUGAAGUGAAUCACGUCAACGCGCAUGCUGUGCUGCUACGAAGCUAAUUCAGGAUCAGAAGUAAACCCUCCUCUUCAUCAUCUUCAUCAUCAUGGCCGUGAGAGCAGCGUUUGAGAAAAACAACGAGAUCGGCUGCUUCGCCAAACUCACCAACACAUACUGCCUGGUGGCGAUCGGCGGCGCAGAGAACUUCUACAGUGUGUUCGAGGGAGAAUUGUCUGAAACCAUCCCAGUUGUUCACGCUUCCAUCGCAGGCUGUCGCAUCAUCGGGAGGAUGUGUGUGGGGAACCGUCACGGCCUCCUGGUGCCCAACAACACGACGGACCAGGAGCUGCAGCACAUCAGAAACUGUCUGCCAGACACCGUGAAGAUCCAGAGAGUGGAGGAGAGGCUGUCUGCGCUCGGUAACGUCAUCGCAUGCAACGACUACGUAGCGCUGGUCCACCCCGACCUCGACAGGGAGACAGAGGAGGUCCUUGCAGACACCCUGAAGGUGGAGGUUUUCCGUCAGACGGUAGCAGAGCAGGUCCUGGUCGGCUCUUACUGCGCGUUCAGUAACCAGGGAGGCCUGGUCCACCCGAAGACGUCCAUCGAGGACCAGGACGAGCUGUCGUCUCUGCUGCAGGUCCCACUGGUGGCGGGCACAGUGAACCGGGGCAGUGAGGUCAUCGCCGGGGGGAUGGUGGUCAACGAUUGGUGCGCGUUCUGCGGCCUGGACACGACCAGCACGGAGCUGUCCGUCAUCGAGAGCGUCUUCAGACUGAGCGACGCAGCACAGCCCUCCGCCAUCGCCACCAGCAUGAGGGACUCGCUGAUCGACAGCAUGGCCUAAAGUCGCCUCUGAAGGUUCCUGCCGUCAAAGAGCUCUACUGCAGGAUCCCACCGGUCUCACACACGAAGACAACGAGCUGCUGGACCUCAUUUCUCCACUUCAAACGCCUCCUCCUCUCUCACAGGACUGUUCACUCAUGAGCGUCGCUCUGAUCGUUUUCAACCUUUAUCCGCUUUUGAAUGAAUCUUUACUAACAGAUCUCCUCCGAUCGAAUCAGCUUUCUGCACAAACUUAAUCAAAAAGAUGACGUUUUAAAGGGAGAAAUCCUGCAGCUGUGCACGUCCCCUCAUCACGUGUUGUUGACCCGAGCCGGGGGAGAUAAUUGGCUGUAGGGAGACAUUAAAACAGGUAGAGCGACGCCGUGUGAGAAGUCUGAUAGUUCAGCCUCUGUUGCUCUCAUGAACGUUUUUUUUAAAUCAAAUGUUUUCUCCCGGUGUGGAGAACGAGAGGCUG